UUGGGAGUGAAAUUCUUGUUGGGAACAUGCUGAUAUACUGAACUUCGUAUCUACCAUUUACAGAGACAGGAACCUUAAAAUGUUCUGCAGAUCCUGUUGCGUGCUCUUGUUUUGGUCUCUUCAGUUACAAAGCAACAUGCUUAUGCUUAAAGGAGACGACAUGGCAGCACUAACUGGAUUUCAGACUCUUAUGAAGGACUACAAUAAGUAUCUGAGGCCAAAUUUUAAUGAAAAGCCUAUUGAAAUAGCAGUAACUCUUGAAGUGGCAAGCAUUAAUGCAGUUUCAGAAGAAAAUAUGGAUUACACAGCCACAAUUAUUUUACGGCAAAGGUGGACAGAUGAGCGCCUUGUGUUUGAAGGCAACAGAAGCAUUACUUUGGAUGCCCGGCUGGUAGAAUCCCUUUGGGUCCCAGACACAUAUAUUGUCGACUCUAAAAAGUCAUUUUUACAUGAUGUGACAGUAGAAAACCGCCUCGUACGGCUUUUUGCUAAUGGCACUGUAUUGUAUGCUAUCAGGAUUACUACCACUGUGGCAUGUAAUAUGGAUUUGACCAAAUACCCUAUGGACAGACAGACAUGUAAACUACAACUAGAAAGUUGGGGCUAUAGUGAUAAAGAUCUCACAUAUGCCUGGAUGAGGGCUAAUGACUCUGUACGUGGCAUGGAUAAAUUACAGCUUGCUCAGUACACAGUUGAACAGUACUACACUAAAACCUCUGAAGGAAAAGAUGAAACUGGUACUUACCCGAGGCUUGGAUUGUAUUUUAUACUUCGAAGGAACGUUGUCUACUUUAUUUUGGAGACUUACAUACCUUCUGCCUUGCUUGUUAUACUUUCUUGGGUGUCAUUUUGGAUAUCCAUGUCUUCAGUUCCUGCAAGAACAUGUUUUGGAGUUACAACUGUUUUGGCUAUGACCACCAUAUUGAUGGGUUCUCGAUUCAAUUUUCCAACCGCUAACUGCAUUAUAAAAGCUGUUGAUGUUUAUCUUGGAAUCUGCUUUAGUUUUGUUUUUGCUGCUUUAUUGGAAUAUGCAUUUGCCCAUUACUGCGGUGAACUAAAAUCUGCAGUCAACACGGAAGAAAUAAAGAAUUCUUUGGAAGAACCUCAAAAUGAUGGCUCCUCAGUUUUAAUAACCUUUGACUCGAAGCAACUUAAUGGAAAAAAAAAUCAGUCUGAAUGUACACCAGACAUAAAGUCACAGAAACAUUCACUUUUAUUUAAACUACGGUUGAAAAUUAAAAAAAUCAAGCUGAAAAAAUUUAAAGUGGCAAAUCCUGAAAAUGUUGAUCGUUACUCAAGGACUGUUUUUCCUUUAAUAUUUGUACUUAUUAAUAUAAUUUACUGGGCAUAUUAUCUUUUGAUAUAACGAGCUGCAUUAUUUUUUAAUAGAAUUGUAUUGUAAAUAGUUUUUUUUUAAUUUACAUUGCUUUACAUUAUAAUACUUAUCAUUAUAAAUACCUGAAUCUGGCAUACCUGAAGUCAGUAAAUUUAACACAGAUUUUAAUACAACAACUUUAAAAGUCUAAAAUGUAAUUAAUGUUAUUCAAGUCGAAUGCACAAAUACGUGAACAUUUUUGAAUUAAAAAAUGUAUUUAAUUAAAUGUACUAUAUUGUGUCCUGCUGAUGUGUGGUAUUGCUUAGGCAUACUACUGUGAGUUCACACAUUGAUACAUCAUAUACAGUUCACUCAGUUUGUUUGAUUUUAAUCUGAAAUUCAGUAGGCAGUGUGGCUUUGUUAAACGACAAAUAUCUCAGAAUAAAGGAGCAAAAUUGGUUUUCAAAAUAGAUAUCAACAUUGUGAGUUUAGCUCCAUCUUUUUAAUAUGUGCUGUAUGAAGAUCAAAAAAGAUGAAGUGUAUUUGUUCAAAUAUAGAAUACUUGAAUGUUUUGCAUUAUAAUUAAAGUACUUGAGUACUGCUAAGUCGUUUUAUACGCAGGGGCGAUCCUGGCAGUU